AUGGAAGGGGAAGAACAUCUCUCAAGCUCAGUCUGCAAAGACAUUCCCAAUCUCCUGUCAUCAUUCGUUGACACCUUCGUUGAUUUCUCAGUUAGCGGCCUCUUCCUUCCUCCUCCGCCGCCUUCUCCAGUCCCGCUCCCAACGCGUCUCCCCUCGCCGCAGCGCCUGGUCGCCAUCGGUGACCUCCACGGCGACCUCGAGAAGUCCAAGCAGGCCCUUCGCCUCGCAGGUCUCAUCGACGCAGCUGACCGGUACAUAGGCGGCUCCGCCACUGUGGUGCAGGUCGGCGACGUCCUCGACCGCGGCGACGAGGAGCUGAAGAUCCUCUACUUCCUCGAGAAGCUGAAGCGCGAGGCGGCGCGGAGUGGCGGCAGAAUCAUCACCAUGCACGGCAACCACGAGAUCAUGAACGUCGAGGGCGAUUUCCGCUUCGCGACAAAAUCCGGCGUCGAGGAAUUUAGGGCUUGGUGGGAAUGGUUCCGAGUUGGGAACGAAAUUAAGAGCCUCUGCCACGGUUUGGAAAAACCCAAUGACCCAAUGAGAGGCGUUCCCUCGUCCUUCCGCGGCGUUAGGAAAGAGUUCCAUGAUGGGUUUCGGGCCCGGGUCGCUGCGUUGCGGCCCAAUGGGCCAAUUGCGAAGAGGUUUCUAUCUCAGAACGUCACCGUUUUGGUCGUUGGCGACUCGAUUUUCGUGCACGGCGGGUUAUUGCCGCAACACACUUCGUACGGUUUGGAGAAGAUUAACGAGGAGGUUCGGGAUUGGGUUAAAGGUUCCACGGGUCAUUUUUCGCCUGAUUAUUGUCGGACUGCAGACGGUCUCGUUUGGGUGAGAAAAUUCUCGCGUGGGAAUGAGCAGGAAUGUGAUUGUUCCGCCCUUGAGCAUGUUUUGGCCACGGUUCCUGGUGCUAAGAGGAUGGUGAUGGGGCACACCAUUCAGGAGGUUGGAAUUAACAGCGUUUGCGACGACAGGGCGAUUCGGAUCGACGUGGGUUUGUCGAAGGGGUGUGGUGACGGUUUGCCUGAGGUUUUGGAGAUUAGCGGAAAGUCCGGGUUAAAGAUUUUAACGGCCAAUCCACUGUAUCAGAAUAAGGGCAAUGCGGCUACUGUGGAUGUUGGAAAGGAACAAGGGCUUGGAUUGCUGCUUGGGGAACACGGUGGACCUAGGCAAGUCGAAGUUCAGGCUUGA